AGCUCCUUCUUCCCUCUUACCGAGGAGGAAACCAUGAGGACAGAGGAUUAAUCUUACAAGUUACAAUAGCAAAAAAGUUCCGACCUUUUUGUUGGAACUGGCUCCGUUUCGCUUCUUCGUUUGCCGGGUCGCCGAACCAACUCGGCGAUCGAUUGGGUAUUUUCGGUGGUUCGAUCUUUUCAAUUUUUCACGGAUAUAUCUCGGGUCCUCUGUUUCUCGCCCUGUAAUCAGUCCUUCUCUUUGGUUUUCGUUCUUCUCCAUAUUGGGUUUUGUUCGUUGCUUUACUGGGUUAGAUUUCAUUUUCUUCAUCAGGGUUUGUCUCAGUUCGGGUUCUUACUGGAUGGGUAUUGCCUCAUUUGUACUGUCAAAGCUUAAAGCAUGGUGAGGAGCCUCUGAGAUAUCGAACAAUUCAAGAGAGACACAUUUCCGAAAAGGUAGUAGUUUCAUAUCCAGUAUGUCGAACACAAAGGAGCAAGGAAAUGAAGCGAAUGUCUCAAAUGUCAUGAAGCAUCCAGAUGGUAGUGUUCAUGAAUCGGUACUCGUCCCAUCUUCGCCAGGAUCGUCAUCCCCUUCAUCUUUUGAGGAAUCCGAAGAUGGAGGUAACCAAUUAUCUGGAGAUACUCCAAACCAGUUGGUGGUUUAUGAACCUACCAAAUCUCCGAGCCGUUCAGCCCGGAGAUUUUCCUCCGCUUCCAAAAAAUUGCCAUUCAUUGGAGCAUUCACAGUCCAGUGUGCCGAUUGUUUCCAAUGGAGACUCAUGCCAUCGAAGGAGAAGUACGAAGAGAUAAGGGAAUGCAUUCUGCAGAGGCCCUUUACGUGUGAAAUGGCACGAGAGUGGCGGCCGGAUAUACGCUGUAACGAUCCGACAGAUAUCAGUCAAGACGGAAGCCGGCUCUGGGCUCUUGAUAAGCCUAAUAUUGCCCAGCCUCCUCCCGGGUGGCAACGGCUUCUGCAUAUAAGAGGCGAAGGAUGUACCAGAUUCGCUGAUGUGUACUAUGUUGCUCCCUCGGGAAAGAGGUUUCGGUCAAUGGUGGAGAUUCAAAAGUACUUGGCUGAACACCCGGAAUAUGUAGCGGAGGGGAUAAAGCUUUCACAGUUUUCGUUCCAAAUCCCGAUACCGUUGCGGGAAGAUUAUGUGAGGAAACGUCCUGCCCGAGUUAGCAGCGGUACAAAAGCCCCUGAUGCUACUGAAGCAAAGCCAGUGACAUGGAUAGCUCCAGAGGACCCGACAGAUUUGCAGUUGCAGCUGGGUAGAAAGUCCGAGCCUUCCGGUUCCGGGGAUCCGCCCUCUAAGAAGCCGAGGAAAUCACCGUUACUGAAUAUUGAUCUCAACGCCGAAAACCCGGAGGAUCAUCCAGAGAUUGAUCUGGAAAAGACGGGAGAAUCCAGUGAUGGAUCAUGAUGAUUCAUCUCCUGGUACAGCACCCACCUUCUUUUUUUGCGGAAAACUGAGAAAGCCUUCAUCUUUUUUUGGUUCAGUGUUCAUCGAUUGGGUUUGGGGUUCUUUUUCUGUAGUGUUGUUCUUCAUGUGUGAUAUGAUAGAGCAGAGGCUUGUGAAGGUGGGGGAGAAUAAAAGGAGGGAGUUUUUGUCUUUUGUAGUUUACUUUUAUCUUCAGUUUAAACCAAAGUACUUUCUCUUUGCGGUAUUAUAAGUUGGUUCGGUUUUGA